ACAAGUUGCUUUCUUUAGACAUGGCCAAGACCAGCUUUUGUCUGGUGCCGAUCAUCUGCCAAUUUCUGGGAUUACAUGCCGCCCUGCUGGACUCUUUGUUGAAUCAGAGCAAUAUUUACUAUCUAAAAGCGUCUAGUGAUGUCCCAUUGGAGAAUGUGGAUCAGCUGGAAUCGGUGGAGUCGGUCAAGCUGAUUGUACACGGUUAUCUGGGAUCUCGCACCCACAACUCUAUUAUGCCUCUCAGAAAUGCUUACACUGCCCAAGGAUAUGAGAAUGUUCUAGUGGCUGACUGGGGUCCAGUGGCCAAUUUGGAUUAUCCAACCUCGCGUUUGGCUGUGAAGAAAGUGGCUCGAGUUCUGGCGAAAUUGUUGGAGGAAUUCCUACAGCGACAUGGCAUAUCCCUAGAUGGAGUCCAUGUCAUAGGUCACAGCUUGGGGGCUCACAUCGCAGGACGAAUUGGACGUCAUUUCAAUGGAACUUUGGGCAGAGUUACAGGUCUGGAUCCGGCUCUUCCGCUUUUCUCGAGUCGAUCGGAUGACAGUUUGCACUCGAAUGCCGCCCAAUUUGUGGAUGUUAUUCACACGGAUUAUCCUCUGUUUGGGGAUAUACGACCUCGAGGAACUGCGGACUUUUAUCCGAAUUUCGGGCUGGCUCCUCAACCAGGAUGCGAAAAUGUGGAUGUUGUUGCAGCCAGUAAGCUACUUCACGAGGCUUAUAGUUGCAGUCACAACAGAGCCGUUAUGUUUUACGCUGAAUCAAUUGGAAUGCCCAACAGUUUUCCAGCAAUACCUUGCAGCUUAAGGGCCAUUAAAAGUCGACACGUUGAGGAUUGCUUGAGGGAAAAAUCUGAAGCUAAUAAUACAGAAAAACCAGAUAAUGUUUUUAUGGGCGAAAAUGUUAGUCGCAGCGCCACCUUGUAUUAUUACUUGGCAACUAAUGGAGCGCCACCUUACGGCCAGGGCAGGAACUCACGGCUUUAGUAUUACUUCUGCCUUUCAAAAAUAGAUGGCGCCAGCUGGCCCUCUAGGUGUGAAGGUAUCGUUAUUUUUUACACAGUCUGGCAAUAUUGUUGGGGAAACCCCCUUCCAAACGAAUUUCAAAUAAUUUAGAACUUCAAGAUAUCAUUCAAUAAAAAAGUAGACGUCUAA